CAUAAACGUAAAGCUUCAGAAUUUAUAUGCCUUCCAAAUAUCAUUUUUGUCUCCAUGCUUAUUUGUAAACCUGCCAUUGUCAUAGCAGUUAUUAGUAUUAUUGCUAUAGUGUUAUUACUUUCAAAACGGUUCACUUUUACUCAGAAGGUCCUUGAUCUUUCACGUACAGACGCUUUAAAGAUGCAGCAGGAACCUUUGGGAGAAUGUGUGACUAACGAUGCAUCUAUUUUGGCACAUACAUUCCAGAUGAUUUCAAAUUACACGUACUUGCUGUGGGACAUACAGAUGCUGACAGCUUUAUUGUUUUGUUUUGUUUUUAACGUCGGUACAAAUGAAGGUCUAUUGAGUGCACUGACUGGACAGGAGACUGGUUUAAAUCCAGCUUAUGAUAUACACAUACGUUUAUUUUAAAAGUCUUUUUGGUAAUGACUCCAUUUUGUCCAGGGUCUAGUCUUUUGAAAGUGAUGUUAAUAUUUAACCUGUUUGUCAAUAGACCAAGUCUCUGUGCUCUAUUGUAAACAUCUCUGGCGUGUGGGCUCAGCUUGUCCUUCAGUGCAGCAGGAAUGUCACAAAUGCAGGUCAUGGGUGAAGAAGUACUGGUAUUUUUCCGGUGUCUGUGCCACCAGCUCCCCUCCUGCAAUCUUCCAAAUCAGGGUGCAUGUUUUGGAGCCUCACUCUUCAACACAUCAUCUCAGGCAUCGGUAAAAACACCAGCAUUCAGCUGCACCUAAGCAAAUGAAAUGAAACCUGAAAAGCAAGAUACACUGUGUCGCAAUCUCCAGCACCCCUGUUGACUAUUGGCUUAAGCAAUUUCAGUCCCAAUGGACCGGUCAUUCUCUAGCACAGCUGACCAAAAACAGUCACCAGCAUCUCUCACAGAGAGUCAGACAGAGAAUCUAGACACUAAGAGUCCUGCAGAAACCAUACCAUCUGCACUCAAUGCAGAUGCAGGGACUGUGCCAGAUUACUCAGACCCCAUUGACAAAUCCACUAAUAGAAAUGGUUCCACAUGCCUCUCUGCUGAGAAAAGCACCAACUCGGACUGCUUAAAGCAGUCACCAUCCAGUCAUAGUGCGUCAUAUUAUUUGUCACUUAGCUCAGAUUCUGUGUCAGUGGAUAAUAAUCUCAGUUGUUAUUCCUGUUCUGGCACAGCAGAAUCUGCAUUGCCUCUUUUACCUCAUCAGCCUCAUGACCUUAUCUUGCCACCAGCUGACACUUCGUCAGAGUUUUACAUUAACAAAAAGCCCCCCCUGUCCUUUCCUCUCAAUCAAGAUAAUACUUCACUUGAGCCUUUUGGGGCUGUGUCGUCUAUUACUGCAGAUUUAAUGGCACGUCCAGCAUCACCUCACUCAGAUAGUUCAGAGAGUGAUACAGCUCUAGCACCUGUGUCACACCUUUACAUCUUUGAAAGUGAAACACAGGACUUCAUCCCAAACGUCGAUGAAGCCCCCCAUGAGAUUCAAUGUCCAAAUUUCCGGUCACAGACACGUCAUGAGAGUGAUGAACAUGUCCCGAUGCGUGAUUCAGCAGACGUGCUGACAAAGAGUCAUCACAGCUUUCCUGAGGAACAGGACUACGAGUCAGACAUGAGACGACGUACAGAGCUGGGACUACCUGUUGCAAAUGCCAGUGGUGAAAGCUCGAUGUCAGUAAAUGGUGAGAGAGGAGGGAAAACAGAGGUCAGAGCUGUCUCCCCCCAAGUACGACAAAGUGACAGCCCUGACGAGCUUUGGCUGGAUGCGUGUCAGGAUCUGGCAGGUGAGGAUCCAGAAGAUGUGGAUGUUUUGGACAGGACAAGCCAUUAUGUGAUGCAAGGAGAACUCUCAGUCCCCAGUGACUUGUCUUUUCUUUGUGGAGAGACACAAGAGUCAGGUUGCAAAGCUGAAGGUUGUGAGGGGAUUGGCUGGUCCUGUGAAGACACUAGAGCCUGUGGGCCACUGGUUGAGAGGCAGCCGUCAGUGGACAGCUGGGCAAGUGCAUUGUCAGACUGGACUGGAAUCAUUGUGGCUCCAUCAGAAGACAUCACACCUGCUUUUGCAGAGCUUGGCACUGAGAUUGAUGUGUUGACGCAGGCGCUAGCAGAGGUUAUCACUGAUACAGAGAAAGAGACAUCUAAAGAAGGACAAAGUCAGAAAACAGCCAAGCGGUCGCUGUCACAGUCAACCAUGGGCAUUCUGGAUCAGCCUCCAGACGCACAAUAUGUCACUGAGAGCUCCAUCCUCGCAGAACAGGACUGUUUCGCUUCACUCCUCAAAGCUACGGGACCUGAGCUUCAAGACAGAGCGAGCUCCCACAGCACAGAUGCUUUCUGUGACCACACACAAGAAGAAAAGAGGGCAGAAGAAAUCCAACACAGCCAGUCUGGAUCCUUGACAUAUCCCAUUCACCCACUCUCUGCCUUGGGUUCAUCUAGUGCUACCGUGGUCUCUCCUGGAGGAUACAGUACACAUGUGACUGCAGAUAGUCUGGUCUCUGGAUCUAAAUUCUCCACUGACUUAGAUCUCCUUCACUUUGAUGGAUACGUUGACUUGGACACAGACAUGUUCAUGAGUGAAGAAGAGCCAGUCAUACUAAAUAUAAUAGAGGAUUCAGAUUUGGAGGAACAAAGCACACCUGUAUGGCUCAUGAUAGGAGAGACCUCUGCGGAUGGACUGUGUGAAGUGACAAACAAACACGGUCCAGGUUCAGUGGACAAGCAGAAGGCUAAGAGGAGCUGUGGAUCAAACAGGGUUGAUGGUGAAACAACCAUACCUUCAGCAGACCCUCGUUUCCUUAGCAAACACGCUCUGACACACGUGCAAGGUGCAGACACACAACCUGGCUUGCGUGUCGAUGUCCACACACGCGUGUUGCCUGACACUUUACCAGACGUUGAUGGAAGUUGCCAGGUGGAGUCACAGUGGGGGAGUCCUAAGUUUAUUAUGCCCCUAACUCCCCUUAGUACCAGCUCCUCCCUUGGAUGUCGGAAAGGCAGCAGUUUGGAAAGAGAUCAAAUUUGUGCCAAAAGGUCUCUCAAUGACAACAGAGGCCCAACUUGUGAUCACAUACAACCCUGCCUUCUCUGGCCAACCUCAGAUGGAAUUAUUGAUAAACCAUCCUCGGAAGGUUACAAGGAGCCGAUUCAAAACAAAGAAAAUACAAUAGACUCUACUGAGAAAUACCAAGGGAACCUGGACUUGCACCGAUGCAACAGCAGCAAGUGUCUCCUGACUGAGAAAAAAACAAUAAUUGAGGAGAUUAAUGCUCUCAGUAGAGGAAUCUCAAACUUGGCUGUUGCUGCUGCUGAUCAUUCCAUCAUCUUGGAGAAAAGCCGUGUUGCAAUUAUCACAUUAGACAUAAAUGAUCCAUUUGUAUCCAGGCCUGCAAAGCCUGUUACAGCUGUGCCAUUUAAGGAGCCUCAACCAAAUCAGACAAUAGCGGAAAAGAUGCCUCACAAAAGUCACAAGCACAGCGUGGACAACAAGACACGCUCCAAGAAGGACAAAUCAGCAGGUCAUCACCAUAAUGCACAGGCAUCCAAGAAACAGGAGAAUGUAUGUAAUGUUUCGGGUAAGCAGACCUGCAAACAGCAAGAAGUUCUUCCUAUUACUGGUGAAAAUUGUGCCAUUGAGAAUGCACGUGCUGAAUUUGAAGACAAUUCAGCUAUUCUUGGGAUUGAGACCAGUAAGGCAGCAGAGAAAGCUCCAAGCAAAACUCAUGGCAAAAAGAAAAAGAAGCAUGUGCACGAUGCAACAGCCCAAAAGAAUGUAGGGGAGCCACUAGUUGAUGAAGAGAAUGGAGCAAAACCAAAGAAUGCAAAAGGAAGAAUUGAUAUGUUUGAGGCUAAACUGGGUGCUAAGGCUGAGAAAACUCAAAAAGACAGAAGUCUGUUAGAUGUUGCUGGGGGGAAAAACAGGCAACUCGAAGCUAAAGCUCCCCAGGCAGAAAAACCCAUGCAUCACACCGAUCAUAAAGACCAACAGCCAAAAAACUCCACCAGUCCUCUUAAAGAUGACAUUAUUAAAAGACGACGAAUGUCAGAGGAUAAGUUUGGGAAGAUUCUUAAUGUUUUGGAGUCUAAACUACCAAAGCCAGAUGUUCCAAUUAAGGGGAAGGCAGAGGAGUCCAAGGUGGAUGAAGCAACUCGGAAAAAGGCAUACAGUGAAGUAGUAAAGCAGAAAAUACCACCUAAGGAAGACCCUAAGGUGGUUCAGCUUAUCCAGGCAGUGUCGGUGAAUGGAGACCCCCAGAGUCUAUGCCUGUGGUGUCAGUUUGCUGCUGUCUUCUCUGACUACACUGUCACCUGGAGCAGAGAGGGCACUGUCCUCGCUGAAAUCAAGAGAAGUGCAGGGGAUGAGAGCAGAGUGUCACUCACCAUUUCCAACGCUUCUCACAAAGACUUGGGCAAGUAUCAGUGUUGCCUCAGCAGCUUACAUGGAUCAGUCACCCUAGACUACCUGCUAACAUAUGAAGUGCUCAGUGAGAUCGUCAUUCCUCCAUCUCCAAAGGCAAUCCCAUCUGCCCCUGUGGAGAUGGGAUGUGAGGAAGAGGAUGCCCUCUGUUCCAGGCUGAUGUUCAAAGAGGAUUUCCUAUCUGACCAGUACUUUGGAGAUAACCAUCCUGUCAGCAUCCUCACUGAAAAGGUCCACUUUGGGGAAGGAAUGCACCGACGGGCUUUCCGGACAAAGCUGCAGGCGGGUCAGACACCUCUUUUACUGGGAGGACACUCCGGUGUACUCAAAGUUCACACUGCUAUCAGCUAUGGGACCAAGAACAACGAGGAGCUUGUUGAAAAGAACUUCUCCUUAGCGGUGGAGGAGUGUCAAGUCCAGAAUACAGCAAGAGAAUACAUCAAGGUGUACACUGCUGCAGCUCAGUCUGUUGAAGCCUUUGGAGAAGUGCCAGAGAUCAUUCCCAUCUACUUGGUUCACCGUCCAUCCAAUGACAUCCCCUAUGCUACACUGGAGGAGGAGCUGAUUGGUAACUUUGUCAAGUAUUCUGUGAAGGAUGGCAAAGAGAUCAACCUGCUGAGAAAGGACUCUGUAGCCGGACAGAAAUGUUGUGCCUUCCAGCACUGGGUCUAUCAAAACACAGAGGGCAACCUGCUGGUUACAGACAUGCAAGGAGUGGGAAUGAGGCUCACUGAUGUGGGAAUAGCCACCUGUAAGAAAGGAUAUAAGGGCUUCAAGGGAAAUUGUUCCACCUCCUUCAUUGAUCAGUUCAAAGCGUUGCAUCAGUGCAACAUGUACUGUGAGAUUCUGGGCCUUGCUUCCCUUCAGCCUAAAGCCAAAAAGUCCAUGUCUGCUCCUAAAAACAAAACCCAACCUCCUGCUGCACCCAAGAAGAAGACCUUUGGGCCAACAGUGAAGGGCAAGUCAUAACUGGAAGGGGUUGGUUAGGAAUUCAAAUUGUGAGGUUACGCUGUUUCAGUUUUCUUCUCUGACUCCAGAAACAGCAAAGACACCAAGCUGCUGCAGGGCAGACGACGGUGCUGCUUUAUACGGAAGGUUGCUUCAUCUCGUGUUGAACAUUUGAAAGACACGUUUAAAUUUUUUUGUGGAACAUUUCACCCAGUGAUUGUGUCUGUAUGUGAGUUUGUGUGCUGAAUUCAUAAUCUAUAGCGAAGGAAACCUUACUGUAUUUCUCGAGUUGUGGGGGGAAACUGUGACAAAUUUAAAAAGGGAUGUAAGACGAUUGGAAGAGAUGUAAGAUGUUGCUUGUCAGCAGCAAUGAACUGUGAUGUCUUAGAUUGCUAUAUAUAUAUAUAUAUAUAUAUAUAUAUAUAUAUAUAUAUAUAUAUAUACAUAUAUAUAUAUAGUGAUGAUGUUUCUUUACAGAUUGAUGCUUGUUUUUCUACUUUGUUUGAUUUUUUUCUAACUCUCCGUUCAUUAAAUUAAUGAGCAUAUGAAUUCACCACUUUGAAGAAAUGUCUUUGAAGUGGGCCGACAGACACAAACAUAUAGUGUGUUAAUGCGGUGUUACAGUGUGCGUAGGUCAUUGCGUUUGAUUUUUGGAAAAUGACAAAGGUUGAUGAACACACUGUAUCUUUGCCUCAUGUUACAUUAUUACAACAUUUAUUCAUCAGGUAAUGCCGUUGGUUAUGUAUUAUGUCAUAUUUGUCUCAUGGAAAAAGGCUUUUUGAAGACAAAGCUCGUGUUUCAUUGAAUGUAUUCAUUGAAAGUGAUUUGUUCAUCUGUUUGCCAGAUAGGUUUCUGACUUCAGGGAUCUACACUGCACUGGUUUUGCACAAACAGUAGAGGCACGUUACACUGACACCAAGAGUCACAUCACACUAACGUGACAAUCGCAGCCAAAUCUGCACAGUCCAUUUCAUCUCAAUAGCAUGCCAGAUAUUUUCCAGCUCGAUAUAAUAAGCCUCUCUGCCCUUAUGUCACUGUUUUAACCCUCUGACCCAAAUUGGUGACAUGACUCUCAGGUUGGGGCUAAGGCCACUGUGGAAACAAAGAAUAAAGCUUUGUUAUUAAAGAAAUGAUACUGGUGUAAAAAA